GUGACAUUGAAGAAAAUGGCAAAAGAAACAAGUGAAAUACAAUCAAGUGGGCCGACUCCCCAAAAAAGUACGUCUGCUCAAAGUACGACUACUCGAAGGUCAGAACUACAGCGGCAACAACAAAAAUUAGAAAAAUUCGAUCAGUUUAAUCAGCCCAAACAUGGAUACGAUAAUGUUAAUGGUGAUAUGGAUUCACCAACUUCGUUUGAUGAAAUCGAACGACCACCGUUACGACACGUCGAUAAGUAUUGUCGCGCUCAAUGUUUGAACUUGAGUGCUCGUUACACCGUCGCAUUUAUGGCUAUGAUGGGUUUUAUUAUCUCAUUCGGUAUGAAAUGUAAUCUAAGCGCUGCUAAAUCCGAACUAUAUGGAAAGAAUAAUACAGAAAAGGAAAGAGGAGGAAUGGUACACUGGGACGCUGCCACAGAGGGCAUGGUUGAUUCAUCAUUCUUCUGGGGGUAUUUGGUGACCCAAAUUCCAGGCGGUUUUUUAGCAUCGUUUUUCCCAGCAAAUCGCAUCUUUGGUGUGGCCAUUAUAACAUCAGCACUAUUGAAUAUGACUGUUCCGGGUGUAUUAGAGAAUCUUCCCAUGUUGAUAACGAUUCGAAUUAUGCAAGGUUUGGUAGAAGGUGUAGCGUAUCCAGCGUGUCAUGGUAUUUGGCGUUUUUGGGCACCGCCAGCAGAACGAUCUCGAUUGGCGACCAUUGCCUUUUGUGGUUCGUAUGCUGGAAUUGUGAUUGGUAUGCCCAUAUCUGGAUUUCUUGCGCAAUAUAUCAGUUGGAAAGCUCCAUUUUAUUUCUAUUCAAUUGCUGGCAUCGUUUGGUAUUGCGGUUGGCUUUGGUUAGUUUUUGAACGGCCCCGUGUACAUCCAACAAUCACAAUACCAGAAAUGAAAUACAUAGAAAAAUCACUUGGCGAAAAUACGAGCCACACAAUGCCCACAAUAUCUUCUACUCCAUUUGAAGAUAUCGCGAAGUCAAUGCCCGUUUAUGCAAUUAUUGUUGCCAAUUUUUGUCGAUCAUGGAAUUUCUAUAUGUUAGUGCUGUAUCAAAGUAAAUUUAUGGAAAAAAGAUUUGGCUACAAUACGUCAGAGGCGGGUUUAGUUAGCGCAUUACCACAUUUGGUAAUGACAAUGAUAGUUCCUUUUGGUGGAGUACUAGCCGAUCACCUACGCAAAACUGGCGCUAUGUCAACAACAAGUGUUAGAAAACUUUUCAAUUGUGGAGGCUUUGGCAUGGAAGGUUUAUUCUUUUUAGUCGUUGCACGCGCAAGUACAGCGAAAGGUGCGAUGACCGCUCUAACAUUUGGUGUUGCAUUCAGUGGUUUUGCCAUAUCUGGUUAUAAUGUGAAUCAUUUGGAUAUUGCGCCAAAGUACGCUAGCAUAUUGAUGGGAUUAUCGAAUGGCAUUGGUACAUUUGCUGGCCUAUGUUGUCCGUUCGCUAUCGACUAUUUGACCAAAGAUGGAGACGGAUGGUCGGUUGUGUUUACAAUUGCUGCAUUGGUGCAUUUGUUUGGUAUAACAUUCUACGGUGUGUUUGCGUCAGGAGAAUUACAACCUUGGGCCGAACCGCCCGCUCAAGAGCAAACUGUAUGGAGUCCAUCCAAAGUCGGUUAUCCAACUGCUGAAACUGCAUUUAAUGAGUCGGCUGAUCCAACCACUCAAAUUAAUAUUAAUGCGGGUGCAAAUUACGGUGCAGUUGGUCAUGUGGCAAACAAUCCAUUUGCAUCAAGUGCCGCAUCGAUGGUCGAAGAACCAGUUCAACCAGAAGCCAGAGAUAAGUACAUGCACGGCACGACAGACGACAGAUCAUACUAAACAAUAUCCAAAUCGGUGAAAAAAUUUGUAUUCAUUUUUGGGCCAUAAACAAAUGAGAAUUUUAUUUACUGUUAUCAAAUAACUAUUUGUUUUGUAAAUAUUUCUUUAGAAAAAAAAAGUAUUAUAUAUAUAAAACAUGAAAACAGAUUAAAUAUAUUUACUGAAAAAUAGACGUUUCUUGAAAGGUAUUUAAUUACUUCAAUUAGAACAUCAGACGGAGCAUAGCCCUGAUUUGCAUGUUCUCAUUCUUCAUUCACAUAAAUUUAGUUAGGUUUUUUGGAAUAAACAAGUGACAUUUGUAGACCAUGUUUCGUUCAAAAAAUAUUGUAAUUAAAUCGAGAGCCAAAUAUAAAAAGAGAUAUGUCCCAGAAACAACAAUAGGGUAAAAAUUGCACUGAAUUGAAAAUUUGCACAAUGCACAAAUCUAGUUUAUUUUGAAAAAAUUCUCAUUUAUUUCGUUGUAUAGCACCACAAUCUGUCAGUCAUAUCUUAUGCACAUAUAUAUUUUCAACACUUUCAUUGUUAUUUAAAUGCACCAGAGAUAUUUUAAUUUUUGUUGUAGACACAACACACUUCGCUGUUGAAUUGUAAUUCAUUUAUUGUAAUGUUCAGUGUUUUCCAUUUGUUGAAGAUAAAUAAAUAAAUAACGCACAUUCUAGUCAAAUAAACAUAAGUCAUCAUCAUAUCAAUGUAUGAUAAUUGAAUAGAAAUAUGAUUGAAGCCUUGCCAUACAUAUUCGUUUUGCUAUAAAAUACCAAAAUAUGGCAUAGCAUCACUAUGCACUAUCCGAAAGUGCUUGCUGAAUUACAACGUUAGCAUAGUAUAAUCAGUGAAAAAUUUCAGAAUUUUAAUUUGCAUUGCCAUGGACGGCUUGGGUGAAUAUUUCUGUACUUUUUCCAAACAUUGCAACAUAUUAAAACAAAAGUAAAAGAAGAGGUUCAAAUUAAUGCAUAGUAUGAUUACGCGUACGUGUAUAUAGAUAAUAUAUGAUAUUAAUUCUUGAUUAAGGCUCUUGUAAGUUUUCCUGAAAAUUGCGUUCUACAUAUAUAUAUUUUGAUUAAAUCAUCGGUUCGUAAGAGAUUGGCUUCAGUAGCAUUGGUUUCAAGAAAUCACUGCGAAAUUUCAGAAAUUCUAUAUUUACAUUUAUCAUUUGUUUCAAUUCAAUAAGCUUUCUAUGUUAUUUUUCAUCUAAAUCAUUUCAAAGGUAUUAAAUUUUUUUCGUAACUUCAUUUCCACUACGAAACUUUCACGGAGCAAGACGGAGUCAGCGUUUUUUAGAACCUAAGUUUUCAAAGAGUUGACAAAGUAAGGGUUUUGAAUAAAAUAGAGCAUGAAAAGUAGAAGCCUUCUUUUCAGUGGUGGCGAAACUUUCUACUAAACUUUUCAAAAGACACAACUUUUCAUUUUUAAUCAAUAAAAUACACCGAUACUGUUAGCGAAAAAGCUAGUAAAAACUUACUUAUUUUAUUGAUAUUUUCAAAAUUCAUUUCUCUUCUCGGUAAAUUAAACAUCAAAGUAUUUUGUUUUUGUUUACUAUCCACCGCAGAUGUUUUAUGUUCAAAUAAAACUUUUACUAACGUUCGAAAUGGCUUUGCAUUUUUAAUUCAACAGAUAUUUUUUUCAGAGCAAUAUAUGAGAAGGAGGGGCACUUUGAGGAGCAGAAGGAGGCACUGAUGAGUGGAGCAAAAUAUUAAAAGUUUAAAAAAAUUCAAAUUAAUAAUAAAAUUAAAAUUUUCGAUAUUUUUUAACUUUAAAUAUUUCCUCCCGUCCUCCGUCUCCUCCUCACAUAUAUUGCUCUGAGAAACAGUCUCUGUAAUCCAUGUCUUUUAUGCUUCUCUUCCAUCAAUCUUUCUAACUCUGCUCUCAUUCUGGCCGCUAUAAUUUUUAUAAAUUAAAUAAUAAUUUCCUUAUUCUACAAGUGUAAAAAUAAUAAUUAAAAAAACCUACUAUUCAAUUCAAUUGACAUUAUGUCAAACUUAGGCGUUAAGGUUAUUUCAAGUUAAAGCUGUAAUUAUAAAUAAAAUUCUUCAAAACGAUGCUCACUUUCCCGUAAUGCAAAGUAAAACAAAAUGUAAAUAUAGCAAAUGGAAAAUCAAUUGGCGGUAAAUAGUGACGACAUGACAAUAAAUCAAUAAUAAAAUCUAUCCUCGAUAGAACUUAAGAUGUAAGAAUUUUAGCAUUAAGAUACCUUUAAGUCAGACAUUUUCGUUUAAAUAUUGAGUAUAAUUUUCAAAUGAACUGAAUCGGUAGAUCAUAAUUUUGUGUUUAUUUUUGAGAUUGAAAAUGAUGAAUUUGUUAUUCUCAUAAGUAAAUUUUUCGGAUCGGUUAAAUCGAGAUUGGUCGGGAAUGUGGAAUUAUAGGCUUAAGAAGAAUAUAUACUUUUAACUAGAGUGAUAAGGCUUUUGUUCGGGGCAUUGGAAUACUGUUUUUUUAGCUCAAAUUCUGCCUUUCAGUUAUAUUCAGUCGUAUCAAAUCCGAAAUACUUCACUAUCGUUUGUCAGUGAGUUUCAACUGAUUUAUGACAGAUUUGAAAGCAUUCGGACAAUAUACGACAUUGGAAUUUCCAUCAAUUCGAACUUGAAACUUACUCAUCCAUGCAUUUAGACUGUAUGAUGUUGAAACAAUUAUUCCAUCGAAAGAAGACAAGUUCGAAUUGAAGCUUAAGCUUAAUUUACAUUUAAGUAUCUUAUAUUAUGAUUUAUUUAAAGAAAUUAUUUAUAAUGAAAUGAUUAUGGCCAUACUAUUCAUAAGGUUAAGAUAAUUAGUUUUAAUUCUAGUUUUAUGACAUAAGAAAAUUAUUAUAAUUACAAAUAAUUAGUUUGUUUAGUUUUUUUGAGAGAACUCACUCUCAAAGGCUGUGUCGACAAUAAAUAUCGCGAAAAGCACGAAUGGAUUAGACUAAACAGCGUAAUAACAUGUAAUAUAAUGAUAGCAAAAUGAGAUGAAGCCACGACAUAAAAUGUAUAAUAGUGGAAACAAAAUGAAUAAAAGCCACUUAUAAAAAUUAGUCGAAAUUUAUCACACAUCGACCACAUACGUCACACAUCGAGUUUACAAGGUGGUUUUACUCAAUCCAUAUUCUGAGGAUAAAUUUGGUACGAUUUUCGGGAAUUUUAAUGCAAAUUUCGGAAAUGUUGGUACGAAUUUUAUCCAGAUUUUUUCCACAUUCAUUUAGUGAAUUAAAUUAACUAAAGGUGAAAAGGUUAAUUUGGACGAUUAAAAUCUCAAGUUCAUCCCUUCACUUUUACGCUCUAAUGAGUGAAUGUCAGAAAAUUGAAAUGCACCGACAUCGACUAUGUACUUAUAAUAUUUAAUUAGUCAUUUUCAGUCACAUCAAAUACGCAAACCAAACAUAAAGCAAUAGAAUGUUCUUCUCCAUAAUCAAUAGUGAAAUCAUGUGCACCAUGUGUGCUCGAUAUGUGUAUGUGUGUGUGAGCAUGUUUGAGAAAUUAAUCUAUAUAAUUCAAACGAAAUUUGUACUAUAUAAGGGCAUAAUUGUGAAAAAACGGUACUAGAACCGGCCACAUACUUGCUACCUUAAAAUUGCUGAUUUAUGACAAUAAAACCAAUAGUUAAAAAGAACGAAAUUAAUUUGAAUGAAUAAAUAUCAAAUUAUUUGUGUGAAAAUAGGAUGAGAUAGAACAAUUAAUAAUAAACACUUAGAUUAUAACAUUUAGAUAAUUAAUUAUGAAGACUUUUCUGAUUUAUUUUCUAUUCUAGUGUAUUUCGAUAUAAUUGUCUAUUUAGCAAGAGUUGACGCUUUCACAAACACUUGUGCAUUUUGUCAAUUCUUUUCGGUUCAUUUUUCGUUCGUUUUAAUUUUUAAAAGAAAUUCUGUUGCAAUAUUCAAUGUGUAGUUUAAACAAACAAACAAAAUGUUAAGUAUUCCAUCGAACUCAAGCCCUAACAAAGUCAUGUCCUUAAAUUGCAUCAUUUCGUCGAAUUGUGAUAUGUAUGAUUGCUCGCAAAUUGGAAAAAAAGUUCUAAUAGUAUUAAUCUUUCUAUGUUAAUGUGUGCACAUUUUUAUUUCGAUUUUCAAAAUACACAAUUAUAUUCACUUCUAUUCGUAUAUGCACCACACUAUUUCAUGCACUAGCACGUACUUCUUAAUUACUUGAUGCACUUUAAUUUAUUUGUUUUUUACACAGACUGUUUCUUGGAGUGUAGAAGUGUGCUCCUCAGAGCGCUUCCUCACUGCUCUGAGAAACAGUAUCUGCUUUUUUGUUCAUUUAGUGAAAAUUGUAUAAAACUAAAAUGUGACUCCCUGCUAAUUUGGAAUUAUAUGAUAACAAGAAGAUGUGUAAAUGACUUAAGUUUCGUCGCAAUCGAAAUCAUAGCAAAACUUACUUUUGAGCAUGAUAUUUAGUUUGAAUUAUGAUUAAUAAACGUUUAGUUCAUAUAUCACAUUUAGUCACUUCUAUUCCAAUUUAAAAAAAAACACCUAUAGCUGAUAAGUUGAUGUAAUAGAAUUGCUGACAGCAACAAUAUUCUGAACAAUAAACACAGUUGAAGAGCACGAAAUGGUCACAGCAUCAAAAAUGUGCCCAAGGGCCACACUCGAAUGAGUGAACUUGACUCUUGUUGAUGCAUCACCGCUCACAUUUGGCACACUUUUGAAUUUGUGCGAACAUGCUGUGAGUCGCAGCUCUGCAGUAUAAUACAGAAUAUUGUUACUCCCACCAGUUCGACCUUUAAAAAAAUGUUUAUCCAAGAACUGAGAAAAUAAAUUGAGAUCUCGUUCGAGAUAGAAAGAAAACCCUUAAUAAUCCGAAACCAUUACCUAAACGAAUUGCAAAAAAAAAACAUAUUUACGAUUCUUAACAAUUAUAUCGUUGUUAAAUGUUUAUAUAGAUGUAGAUAAGUCAAUUUGAAAAUAAAUGGACGCAAACAUGGUCAAAACGGAAGAAGAAGAAGAAGAAAGAGAAGAAAAACCAAAAGAAAUUUCAACCGCCAAAUGGUUCAUUUGCAAUGCUGUAUUUAGGACAAAAUUAAUUUCAUUGUGAAUAAUUAUUAUAAAAUUAAAAAGAAGUUUUUAAACAUAAAAUAAACAACAAAAUCACACACCCAUACAAGAAAUAUCAAUUAAAAAUGAGAUGAACGAUGGAGCUUCGAAUCACAGUGAACAUAAAACGGCAAUAGACAUGACCUAGAUCAAUAAAACACCGAAUAUUUAUCAAUACAUUAAAAUAUAUAUACACACACGCAAAACCGUCGGUCGAUCAGUUUGCAUUUUGCAUAUAAUAUUAAAAAAUGAAUAUUUAGAUUGAGUGUAUGAAUGUUGAGAAAUGAAAUUGGGAAUGUAAACAGUAACAACAAACAAAUAUCACGCAGCAUCAAAAUGAAAACGCUUAAGAUAAAUUAUUAUAGCCAAAUAUAUCAUUGGAAAUGAAAAUGACAUUGAUUAUAUAUAUAUAUCCACAAAACAACGAUGCAAGAUUGUGACUUUGUUCCAAACAAAAAAAAAAAGAAAAUGCGCAAGUUGUCAAAUUUCAACAGUAUACAAUGGACAAACCGACAACAAAUAAGAGAAAACAACAAAUUCUUCCCAUAAAUUAAUCUGUUGGACAUAAUUUAGAGUAUUUUGAGAAAAAGUUAAAAAAAAACACAAAUGCGAAUUACAAACCAAAAUCAUUUGAAUUGUAUAAAACAAACGGCUAUUGCCAUUAAAUCAUUUCAUGAAUGGAUUUAAAGAAGAAAGCAAGAGAAAUAAUAAAAUGGCAGAGAUAAAAAUUAACAAUUAUUCAAUGAAAAAAAGAAAUAUAAGUAUUUCCAAACCAAAUUGACUAUACUAUUCCAAUUGAAAGACAAAAACAUAACAUUAGUUGAACAUUUCAUUCAUUACACAUACAAUUUAUUUAAUAAAAAUUAUUAACAACUUUAAAAUUAUAAGUCUGUCAGAUACGAAGAAAAACAAAACACACAUUCAGAUUUUUGCUCAUACCACAAAUACCAUAGAAAACAGAGAAAAAAAUACAAAUUAUGAAAAAAUGAGGAAAAAAACACAACAUAUAACAUUGAAAAAUGUAAUUUCAAAAAUAGAGACAGAAUAAUAAAUCUUAUUAUAUACUGUUUAAAUAAGUCAA